AAGCUAGAUUCGAUGGCCACCCAAUUGGGAGCUUCUUCCUCAUUAUCUUCUGUUCCUUUUUCCACCCGUUCAUACACACACGAUGUGUUUCUGAGUUUCAGAGGCGAGGAUACACGCUACAAUUUUACAGGUCAUUUGCACAGAAAUUUGGUUCAAAGGGGGAUCAACACUUUCAUAGAUGAUGAUGAUCUUCCAAGAGGAGAGGAAAUAUCAGAAGCACUUCUCCGAGCCAUUGAAGGAUCAAAGCACUCUCUCAUUGUGUUCUCUGAAAACUAUGCAUCCUCAAAGUGGUGUUUGGAUGAACUGGUUCAUAUCCUUGGAUGUAGAAGAUCAAAGAAACAAAUGGUUUGGCCAAUCUUUUACAAAGUGGAUCCCUCGGACGUAAGACACCAAAAAGGCACAUUUAGUAAGGCACUUGCAGAGCAUGAGCACCGAUUCGAAGAUGACAAGAACAAGGUGUUAAGAUGGAGAGAAGCUCUUUCAGAAGCAGCAAAUUUAUCUGGGUGGCAUUUCCCGGGCGGGCAUGAAUAUGAAUCUAAAUUUAUUGAUAGAAUCAUUAAAGAGAUUUCUGCACAAGUAAUAAAACAUACCCCUUUGAAUGUGGCAAAGUUUCCAGUCGGGAUAGAAUCUCGUGUACAAGGCAUGCUUGAACUCUUAGAUGUUGGGAGAAGUGAUAUACGCAUGGUAUGGAUAUGGGGAAGUGGUGGAAUAGGGAAGACAACAAUUGCUAAAGCUGUUUACAAUACAAUUGUCCAUGAGUUUGAAGAUAGUUGCUUUUUGGCAAAUGUUAGAGAACGUUCCGUGCCACAUGAAGGUCUAGUCAACCUACAAAACAUUAUUCUUUCAAAGAUUCUAGGGGGCAAAGAACUGAAAGUAAUCAAUGUUGAUGAAGGAAUCAAUUUGUUGCGUGAAAGGUUGAGAAAUAGAAGGAUGCUGUUAAUUCUUGAUGAUGUGAAUAAAUCGGACCAGUUAGACGCAUUAGCCGGAGCACCUGAUUGGUUUGGUUGUGGCAGUAGAGUUAUAAUAACAACAAGAGAUAAGCGUUUGUUUGUUCACGAUGUCAAUCCUAUAUACAAAGCCAGGGAACUAGAUCAUCACGAGGGUUGUAAGCUCUUUAGUUCAAUUGCCUUCAAGAAUAAGAGAAUUUUAGAUGACAAUGAGCAGCACUUAGUUAGCACUAUUGUUAGAUAUGCUCAAGGCCUUCCAUUGGCCUUGGUAGUUUUGGGUUCACAUCUAUGUGGUAGACCGGUACAUAAAUGGCAAGCUAUGCUAGAUGGUUUUAGAAGAAAUCUUCCUGAAGGCAUUCAAGAUAUUCUCAAAGUCAGUUUUGAUGGACUAGAAAAAGUAGUGAAAGAAGUUUUCCUCGACAUUGCUUGUUUCUUCAAAGGCUCUCAUAUAUGUUGA